UUUUAAAAUAAUUUUCAUUAUGCAUGUUUAAUUUUUAUAUCAUAAUUAUUUAAGUUCUUUUUAAAAUAAAUUUUGUUUGUCUCUUGUUUUGUUUGCAAAUGAAGAGAUUGAGGUGUGAUAUGUACGUGAUUGAUCCCAAAGAAAAAGAUCCGGUCUUAGUUGCAUCAGGUUAUGUGAAACUUGAAAAGGCAGACAAAGAAGACAAUAUUAUAAUACAUGGAGUUAAAAAGAAGUUUGAUGAUUUCAAACGUGUCUUUAUUGAGAAGGUGGUUGAAGAAAAUGCCAUUCUACCAUGCCCUAUAGAACAUGAAGGCUUCGACACAGUUGGUUUAGCUGUAAACAAUUUUGUAGCUUGGCCAAAGAACCUAAUCAACAUACAUCCAGAUGAUUUAGCGAAGAUGAAAGGAAAGAAGAAAGUUUCAAGAGAUCAUUUGGCUCCACCGACUCAGCCACCGAUAAACCCAAAGGGGCCUAAUAAACAGUCUGUCAAACGGUACAUUCCCCCGCAAAGACACAAUUAUUGUCCGGACUUUCGCAGAUUGUGA